UAGGCCAUAAUAACCACCCAACAAGGCGUUAUGCUACUAUGGGGGAAAUACCUAACUGAACCGACAAUAAAGCGCUUUUUGCCAUCGUUCAUGAUCGAGAUCGAGGCUGAAAAUUCACCGGAAAGUCAAUGCAAGUGGAAACGGGUGCAUAUUUUGGGAUUUAAUGUGGACGCUGACGUCGAGCUGCGCGUAAUGAGCAGAGUUGGGAAAAGAAGGUGUUGAGCUGCAUUUUUUUUCCUCCCUUCUUCUUCCUUCGCUACAGACAAGUUGAAACGGGGAACUGCCGAAAGUCUAUCCGAGGGGUAAAUAAUGUCCACGACGCCCUUCACUUUUUGGCCUCGCAGGCUGGGCCCAGAGCUCUGAGGAUGCUUCAGAGGAUCUGUGCCUGACCCUCAACUGAGGACUGAAAGGAAUACGUAGUCUGAGCAGAAUGACUCAGCAAGAGGGGGGGCCCCCAAAUAGCAAGUGAAGAGACGUUAGGAUGGGUGCCAAUGGAUCCAGCUAUCCGCACUCAUGCUCCCCACGAAUAGGGGGGAAUUCCCAGGCCCAGCAGACUUUCAUAGGGACCUCAUCCUAUUCUCAGCAGGGAUAUGGCUGGGAGUCAAAGCUGUACAGCCUUGAGCACAGCCAUGAGCGGCCCACGGACAGGAAGAAGAAAAGCCUCGGGCUGGCAACCCUCAAACGGAGGUUAAUGAAAAGAAGGAAGUCCAGCCGCUCAGCAGAUCAUGCGCGGCAGAUGCGGGAGCUUCUGUCCGGUUGGGACGUCCGCGACACAAAUGCCUUGGUGGAAGAGUAUGAGGGAACAGCGGCCCUCAAGGAGCUGAGCUUCCAGGCCGUCCUGGCUCGUUCAGAGGCCCCCAGCCUGCAGCGAGAUCUGGCUGCCCUCUACCAGCACAAGUACUGCACUGACGUAGACCUCAUUUUCCAAGGUACUUGUUUCCCUGCUCACAGGGCAAUCCUCGCUGCUCGUUGCCCCUUUUUCAAGACCUUGUUGUCAUCAUCUCCCGGUUAUGGAGCAGAGGUUCUCAUGGACAUUGAGACGGCUGGCAUUGACGUACCGAUGUUUUCUGCCCUGCUUCACUACCUGUACACUGGGGAGUUUGGCGUAGGUGGAGCAGAGGACACCAGGCUCAAAAACGUGGACGUACUAGUUCAGCUAAGUGAGGAAUUUGGUACACCUAACUCCCUGGAGGCAGAUAUGAAGGGCCUGUGUGACUAUAUGUGCUACUAUGAUGCUCUGCUCAGCUUUUCCUCUGACUCUGAGAUGAUAGAAAGCUGUAAUGAGAGAGGGGCUGCAGCACCAGCAGGGGGCUUGGGAGUUGCUGGGGGCCCCGGGACCCCAGACGAGGAUCUCCGGGCUCACAAGGCCAUCCUCUCAGCGCGCUCCCCUUUCUUUCGGAACCUUUUGCAGAGGCGUAUUCGCACAGGGGAGGAAAUGACUGAGCGUACUUUGCAGACACCUACCCGAAUAGUGUUGGAUGAGUCCAUCAUUCCACGGAAAUAUGUCCAGGUUAUUCUCCACUGCAUGUACACAGAUGUUGUUGACCUUGGGUUAGUGCUGCGUGGAAGUCCUUCAGCAGGAAGCCUCGGUGAGGUGCAAGCCCUCGUUUCAGGGGGACGUGGUGCCAGCACACGGACAGAGGAGGCCAUGGAGCUCUACCAUAUUGCUCUGUUCUUGGAGUUCAGCAUGUUAGCUCAAGGGUGUGAAGACAUUGUUGUGGAAAGCUUGUCUCUGGACUCCCUCGUACCCAUUUUGAAGUGGAGCUCACAGCCGUACGGCUCCAAGUGGGUCCACAGGCAGGGCAUGCACUUCCUCUGCGAGGAGUUCAGUCAGGUUGUCAGCUCUGAUGUUCUUUACGAGCUCGGCAAAGAACACCUUCUCAGCGCCAUUCAGUCCGACUACCUGCAGGCGAGUGAACAGGACAUUCUCAAGUAUGUUGUUAAGUGGGGCGAGCAGCAGCUUAUUAAGAGGAUGGCAGACAGGGAGCCGAAUCUGUUGAGUGGCACAGCCCACAGUGUGAACAAGAGAGGAGUGAAAAGGCGAGACCUGGAUGUGGAGGAGUUAAAGGAAAUCCUGUCUCCCCUCCUGCCCUACAUCCGAACUGAGCACAUCUUGCCUCCUAACAGUGAUGUCCUUGCUGAUGCGCUUAAGAGGGGUUUGAUAAGCACCCCACCGUCAGACAUGCUGCCCACAGCUGAGGGGGGCAAAGCCAAUUCAUGGUUACGGCAGAAGAACGCAGGCAUCUAUGUGCGUCCGCGCCUCUUCUCUCCUUAUGUCGAAGAAGCUAAGGUGAGGCGCAUUAACUUCAGAUCUAUCCUCGAUGAAAUGAUGGUGGAGCAAACAGACCUGGUGCGUUUGCGACUAGUGCGGAUGUCCAACGUCCCAGACACGCUCUACAUGGUCAACAAUGCUGUGCCUCAGUGUUGUCACAUGAUCAACCACCAGCAAAUGGCAAGCAAUUCCAGCACAGCUCCAUCGGUUGUGGGGAAUGAAAUUCCAGUGCCUCCACUGUCCGUAGUAAAGGAUAUGGUCCGGAGGUUGCAUGAGCUGAGACACACAGAGCAGGUUCAGAGAGCGUAUGCUCUCAACUGUGGUGAGGGAGCCACCGUCAGCUAUGAGCUGCAGCUGCGGGUGCUGAGGGAGUUUGGUCUGGGAGAUGGAGCCACUGAGCUGCUGCAGAAUCCGUACAAGUUCUUCCCCGAUGAGCGGUUUGGUGAUGAGAGUCCGAUUCUGGCCCUGCGGCAGGUGGGUCGUUGUCGUGUAAACAGCAGCCCGGCCAUGGAUAGCAUGUUCACAGAGCUGGAAGGCGUAGCGGGCUUCCAUCCGCCCCUACCUCCUCCACCUCCCCCAUACCACCCCCCUGCCACACCAAGUCACGCCCAGCUCAAGGGUGCCUGGCGACCUCGUGUGCUCAUGCCAACCCCUACCCGCUCCUUCUCCUACCCCUGCAACCGUACUCUGAUCCAGCGCCAUGCAGUCAACAAACAUGGCAGCUCAGAAUACUCCUCUGUGCCCAGGCCCCAGCCCCCUGACUGCACCAACCCACAGGCUAUGGGCCGAACCUUGCUUUCAGAACAGCAAGCGAUGAGCAUGGAGCCUGUUAUGAGGGAGUUCAUGCCUGACAUUGCACUUGGUGUCUCGGUCAUGUCUUUGAGGGAGCAACACAUGUCAGAGAUGGACAGGGACGGCCCUCACAGCCUAAUGGGUCCGUCAGGCCUCCACCUGACCCACGGGCCCUGCCCGUCUGCCCAUCUCGGGCAUGGUCAUGGUCCUGGACACGGCCACUCCUGCAAGAGGCACGCACCAGAACCCAAACUCGAGGCUCAAGCCGAGUUCCCUGACUUGUAUGACUUCUCCUGUCGACCUGCAACUCCAACCUCCUCUCACCCUCUUCCCCCCUUCGCAGGACCAGAUCUCUACAGUCACAGCUGCAACCCAUCCAGCUCUUACCACCCCUCUUAUGUUUCUGACUGUCAGACGCAGGUCCACGCACAGGGACGGACUGCCCCGGACCCACUACGGCUAGAUGUCCUCAGUAUCAAAUCUCAAAGGCAUGAUGGAGUCCUUUCAAGCCCUUCUGGGGCCCAGCCCAGAAUGGGACACAUCCCAAAGGGGCGAUCAAAUGAGACAGACCUGACUCACGGAUUAGGCCAUUUACGGUCCCCCAGUGGGAAUAUGGAAAACUAUGAUGAGAGGCACUUAGUACCUAGAGAUGUCCCAGAAGACAUGGUUCUAGGUGGAGAUUCAUCAUGCCCAGGGCCCCUCCAGCAGCCUCACAGAAACAGUAUCAGUGAGGAGCUCGUCAGAGACCGCAGGUCACCCAGCAAACCUGACUACCCUUAUAAAAAAUCUGCACUUUAACCCCAGUUCAGGACCAGGGGGUUGGAUUAAGAAAAGGGAAAAAAAAGUGUUGAGUGGCUGUCCAUCAAAAUGAAUGAUAAAGCACUAAAUGUGUACCUGUGUGUAUGUGUGUUUGACAGGAGCAGGAAGAAAAGGGGCUGUAGAUGGUUACUAUUUAUAGAAUAUGUCCUUUUGUCCUACCUCUAUAACACUGUGCUAUCCAUCACACAGUCAAGAGUGUGGAGAGAGUAAUAGAUGCUGGUGAGCCGUCGCUGAAAGUCUGCCUAGUCCUGGUGUUUUAAAGGAUUAUUGGGGGUCUUCUAAUCUCUUGACCUUCAUUGUUAAGAAAGAGGUUAACUAGGGUUGUAUGAAUUCUGUCACAGCGCUGGUAGAGCUGAGUUAGAAACUGAUGGUUGAACAGAGACCUAUUGUCUCUUGCAGAGUGGAAAAAUAACAGGAUAGGAAUCUCAGCUUACUUAAGUUAACAAUGGCACACAGCCUCGGAUAUAAAGUAUUGUGAUAAAAUCAUUCAUUUCAUAUGUAAAUAUUUCAGCCUGUGUUAUUUUGCUCCCAUGACCUGUAUUUGUUUCUCCGUGUUGCACCUCUUUAACAAACCACCUUGUAGCCCUAGUUCUGCAUUGCUGAUGAGUAAUGGAGCAGACUUUGUUACACAAAGCAGAAAUGGGAUCCAACAGGAAGUAGGUCAUCAGACCUCGCCUUACACGUGUGUAAGGCGUCAACUGUCACAGCCUCUCUGUGGGGCAAAAGGCCUGCCUUUCAGCUGGGUGGGGCCACCGGGGCAGGAAAGUCACAGUCAGAUUCAUUACUGAGAUGCAGUGGAUAAUAUAAGGCUGCCUCUGCUGACUGACUUAGAGAAAUCAAACGGAUUGCUUGGGAUUUGUUGCUCUGGCAGCUGGAGCAGGUGUGUGUACAUUUGUCUGUCUAUGAGGAUAACUUUGAUAUACGUGGGUGUGUAGACGAUCUCAGUAGUAUACGCUCUCAUCUUUGGUCAGGUGUGUUUGUACAUAUUGAAUUCUGAGGUAACUAACUGGUUUUUGGCACUGAGCACAGUGGUCAUAGUGUUUAUUACCUCUAUUUCUGUUUAGCAUCAAGUAAUCAAUUCUAAAGCCUUAACAAGUAAUUAGAAUAUUCAGUUGUAGUUAUCUUUAUUCACUUAAGUACAAUGUCAUUAUUGUGCAGCCGCUCUUCUGUGUUCAUUUGACUUCUUUGAUUAUUUUCAGUACAGACACACUGCAUUUUUCCUUAGUGAGGAAGACACUUAACUCAAAUGCUAAAACCAUUUAUAUCUAUAUAUAUUUAGCCUCCAUCUUGCCAGCUCCUGGGAGAUUGAGGAUGAGAUACAUUGGCAGUGUUUAUACUGUUAAAUGUACUGUGAGACCCGCUGUAGCUACACAAACAUGCAAACACACACACACACAAAGCCUGUCACAGCUGCUAUACAACCUCACAUGCAAGUAUCAUUGCACAGUAGGAGUCUUCUGUUUAACUGAAGAGAAGAACGAAUGAGUUUCGAACAAAAUGAAACCUAUACUAGAGGGAGCUUGGCUAUCGCCGGCUCUUGUCUCCAAUGGAAUUGUAAAUAACGAGUUGCGUUCCGUGCAUUUUGAUGAAUUUCUAAUGGUUUCCAUCACAUUUUAGUGGUUGUUAAAGGUCUGUGUUUUUACUGUAGUGGACAACACUGUGUGACUUGUCUUUGUCAUGAAAUCUCACCAAGAAUGUGUGUUAUAAAACAUAAGUUUGUGCAUCAGAAUCAAUUUUGUUCUUAAAUGUUAUGCAUUAAGAGCAGCUUGUUCAGUAUAGUAAGUGAUGUGGAUUACCAUGUUUAUAGAAAUAUUUCCCCUUUGUCUUUUUUUUUUUUUUUUUUUUUACUUUAAAUGCAACAGAAAUAGUUAGAGGAUCAGAAGACAUUAGCUCUCUGCUUUUCAGUGAUCAGGUUACCAAGUAGAAAAAUCAUUUCUCUGUCUUAAGUUGCUUCAUGGGGAAAAAAUGCAAAAUUCCAGAUUCCUCCCCAUGUUCAUGCUGGGUAGUUUCGUUUUUUUUUUUCUUUUAAAAAACUUUUCCAGGACGAUGUUCCAUUGAGUAAAAGUCCUUGUUUUGCUCUUUGCUAUAGAGGAGUCAGUGCCUUCCCCUGCCUGUGGCUGGGCUUUUAUUGGAGAAGUGACUUAGAUGUCUAUGCAAGCUCUUUUACCAGCUUACCAGCCUGCAUCAAGUAGUUCUUUGAAAUCUCAUGUAGCUUGUUUUGUGUACAGUGUUAUUUAGCACCUUUUUUGAAACUGAACCAUCUGAAACGUGUGAUUGGUUGUGUUGAAUUGUAACAGGUACAUUGUACUUGUAUUGUAUCAUAGAACCCUUGUUGAUAUUAAGUUGCAUUUAGUUUCACUGAAUCUAUUUUUCUACUGUCACCUCAAAAGGUGCAUAACAGUGGUCAACUUUGGCAUCCUCAAAAUAAACUGUUUGAUAUU